AUGGCGAACUACGGGACACUGGUAUCCAAUGACGAGGAGAGCCCCGACCUCGCAGAUCACAACGUGUCAGAGCAUGAGACGCAACCGUUGCUCAAACCGCCGGAACCGGACGACUCAUGGCGGCCACCACCGCGCUUCAUUUGGAUUGAGACGGCCAUAUUCGCCAAUGUCUUUCUUUACGGCUUCGACAGUACCAUCACUGCAGCAACGUAUGCCGUCAUCAGCUCAGAGUUCGGCGCCGCAAACACUGCUUCCUGGCUUACGACUUCGUACCUCGUCACCAGCACUGCGUUCCAACCGCUCUAUGGCCGCUUUUCAGAUUUGUUCGGCAGGCGCAUCUGCUUCUUCGUCUCAACCAUUACCUUUGCCAUUGGAUGUCUGGGAUGUGGACUUGGGCGGAGUAUUGUGGUCGUCAAUAUCAUGCGAGCAAUUUGCGGAUUCGGCGGAGGUGGUCUCAUGACGAUGGCUACCAUUGUCAACUCUGACAUGAUACCAUUUCGAAAGCGUGGAAUGUACCAAGCCAUGCAAAAUGGCACGUUCGGCUUCGGCGCAAUCUGCGGUGCUUCAUUCGGCGGUUCCAUUGCAGAUUACAUCGGAUGGCGCUGGUGUUUCUUACUGCAGAUUCCUGUUUCCGCCAUUGCAUUGCUGCUUGGGGCGUUGGUGAUCAAGAAUCCAAUUGGACACCUUAGCCUUCAUCAGUCAUCUCUCAAGGAUAUCUGGAAGAAAGUUGACUUUUCCGGAUCACUUCUGCUCGUCUCGGCCAUUUCCAUUCAGUUGGUUGGGUUGAGUCUCGGCGGCAACGAGUUGCCUUGGAGCAACGGAUGGGUCAUCGGCUCACUUGUUGGCAGUACAGUCCUACUUGUUCUGUUUGUGGUUGUCGAAGCCAAGACCACCGCUAUCCCUAUCAUACCACUGCGUAUGCUCAAAGGCCGUCUCCCGGUGUCUGCUCAGACUGCAAAUGUUUGUGCAGGACUUGCGGCAUAUGCUUAUCUCUUCAUGCUACCUUUAUUCUUCCAGGUUGUCCUCUUAGACUCUGCCACCAAAGCCGGCGCACGUCUGGCAUUGCCUUCACUGGCAACUCCCAUCGGUGGUCUUAUUUCCGGCGUUGUCAUGUCACGGUGGGGCAAGCUGUUUUGGCUCGUGCGCUCCGGCGCCUCCCUGAUGGCUCUUGGAAACCUACUCGUCUUGACAUUGGGUUUCCAUGACCAGGCUUGGAAAUAUCUGGUCUUCACCUUCCCCGCCAAUCUUGGUCAAGGAAUCAUCUACCCGGGAAUCCUAUUCACAUCGCUUGCAGCGUUUGACCAUUCUGAUCAUGCUGUUACGGCAUCAACAGUUUAUCUCAUCCGCUCUCUGGGUUCCGUGUGGGGUGUGGCCAUCACCUCAGCUGUUCUACAGAAUACUCUGAAGAAGAAGCUGCCAGUUUCUUUACCCGAUGUGCCUGGUAAAGAUGAAAUCAUCGACCAAAUCCGCCAUUCGGUAACCACACUGCGAGAUCUGCCACCUGAGCUGCAAAAUCCCGCCAGACUGGUAUACUACGACGGGAUACGCUACGCCUUCAUAGUCUCAACAAGUGUUGCUGCCUUGGCAAUCGUCGCAUCUUUGUUGCUCAAGAAAAAUGGAGGGAUGCGCAGCACACAGAAGUAG